CCCGCCGCCGCCGCCGCUGCUGACCGGGCGGGCCACGCUUCCGUCUGUCCCCGGCGGCGGGCGGGCCUCCGCUCCACGCCGCGCCGGGCCCCGGGAGCCAGGCGAGCGCCGCUGGAGUCGGGCCGCCGAAGAUGGGGAACACUACCUCGUGCUGCGUGUCGUCCAGCCCCAAGCUCCGGAGGAAUGCCCACUCCCGGCUGGAGUCCUACCGGCCUGACACGGACCUGAGCCGCGAGGAUACGGGCUGCAACCUGCAGCACAUCAGCGACCGGGAGAACAUAGACGAUUUGAACAUGGAAUUCAAUCCUUCAGACCAUCCUCGGGCCAGCACAAUAUUCCUCAGUAAAUCUCAGACGGACGUGAGAGAAAAACGCAAGAGUCUCUUCAUUAACCAUCAUCCUCCAGGACAAAUAGCAAGGAAAUACAGCUCGUGCUCCACUAUUUUCCUAGAUGAUAGCACAGUCAGUCAACCAAACCUCAAGUAUACAAUUAAAUGUGUAGCUCUCGCAAUAUAUUACCACAUCAAAAACAGGGACCCAGAUGGAAGGAUGCUCUUAGAUAUUUUUGAUGAAAACCUUCACCCUCUUUCGAAAUCCGAAGUGCCACCAGAUUAUGACAAACACAACCCAGAGCAGAAGCAGAUUUACCGGUUUGUUCGGACACUAUUCAGUGCUGCUCAGCUGACUGCUGAAUGUGCCAUUGUCACCCUGGUCUACCUUGAAAGACUUCUAACAUAUGCAGAGAUAGAUAUCUGUCCAGCCAACUGGAAGCGCAUUGUUCUCGGGGCAAUACUGCUGGCCUCCAAGGUGUGGGACGACCAGGCCGUGUGGAAUGUGGAUUACUGCCAGAUCCUGAAGGACAUCACCGUGGAGGACAUGAAUGAGCUAGAGCGACAAUUUCUUGAAUUGCUCCAGUUCAACAUCAAUGUUCCCUCCAGUGUUUAUGCCAAGUAUUAUUUUGAUCUUCGUUCUCUGGCAGAAGCAAACAACCUGAGCUUCCCCCUGGAGCCCCUGAGCAGGGAGAGGGCUCACAAGCUGGAGGCCAUCUCUCGCCUCUGCGAGGACAAGUACAAGGACCUGAGGAGACCCACGAGGAAGCGGUCAGCGAGUGCUGACAAUCUGACUCUGCCGAGGUGGUCGCCGGCCAUCAUCUCCUAACCGUGGGUGUCCCCACUGGAGGCUGUACCAUCCCUCAGUGUCUCUUUCAGUUUGAGAAAAGACAGACUUGGGGUGGUUUUGUUUUGUUUCCUUUUUUUUUUUUUUUUUUAAAUAAUCCAUAGCUCCAUCAGGCUGCCUUGAUGACUGCUUCCGAGCUGUGUGGCCCACGUGCAGCAAGGCUUCGAGGGAAGCAAAAUCAGUAUUCUGGAAAUCCGGUUUCACGCCUUUCCCCGUCGUCAUUAACAACGCUUCUUUCAUGAAGGAAGAAGACUUGAACCCUGGAAGAGGGAUGAAAAGGGAAAGGGAAGUCGUGUAGAGGUGGGGGAAACGGUUACUUGGCACGGUUACUUGGCACGGCCAUUUCCUAAUCCCCUGUCUGGUCAGCAGGUGAAAAGGACGGGCACACAGUAGGUGACACAGUUGGAUGAGCAUUAAAGACGAGUGCUGCCUUUAUCACCUCCGUCUGGAUCGGUCUGUUCCGUAAAACUGCUUGCAUUCCUUCUAGCGGCUUUUUUUUUGCGAUGUGGGGGAUUUUUGUUGGUUUUUAUUCUGUUUUGUUUUUGGUCCCACAGGACAGAGGUUAUAGUUUGUACCCACCAUGGCACAGACAUCCAAAUAAAUAGUACUGGUUGUUUC